AUGUCGAUCGUCCAAGGCGCCAUUGAGGCGGCGCUCGCGCUCCCGCUUGCCCAGAAGCUCGCGGCCGUCUUUAUCGGAUUGCCCGUGCUCGCCAUUGUGAUCAAUGUGCUCUCCCAGCUGCUCCUGCCCAAGGACCCGACGCUCCCGCCCGUGGUCUUCCACGUUAUCCCCUGGUUCGGUUCGGCCGCUGCCUACGGUAUGGACCCGUACAAGUUCCUCUUCGACUGCCGUGAGAAGUACGGAGACGUGUUCACCUUUAUCCUGCUCGGACGCCGCAUGACUGUCGCUCUCGGACCCAAGGGCAACAACCUCUCGCUCGGCGGCAAGAUCACUCACGUUUCGGCCGAGGAGGCGUACACCCACCUGACCACUCCCGUCUUCGGCAAGGGCGUCGUGUACGACUGCCCCAACGACAUGCUCAUGCAGCAGAAGAAGUUCAGCAGAAGCCGAGUCUGCUGCUUCUGCAGAUCAGCUUCGGGAAGCCCGAUGCCUCGCUCGACGCCAGCCCGAACUUUCCGGCGAAACCCGACUAACGCCCAGAUCAAGCACGGCCUGACCACCGAGGCGCUCUCGUCCUAUGCCGAGCUCAUGCGCGGCGAGACCCGCCAGUACUUCCGCGACCACGUCGUGACCGGAAAGCCCUUCGAGGUGCUCGAGAUGAUGCAGCAGCUCAUCAUUCUCACCGCCUCGCGCACGCUGCAGGGCAAGGAGGUCCGCGAGAACCUCGACAUCCGCUUCGCCAAGCUCCUCGAGGACCUCGACAAGGGCUUCACCCCGGUCAACUUCCUGUUCCCCAACCUUCCCCUGCCCUCGUACAAGCGCCGCGACAAGGCCCAGAAGGAGAUGAGCGAUUUCUACAUGUCCAUCAUUGAGAAGCGCCGCUCCGGUGAGCACGACCACGAGAACGACAUGAUCGCCGCCCUCCAGGGUUCCGUCUACAAGAACGGCGUCCCCCUUUCUGACCGUGACAUCUCGCACAUCAUGAUAGCGAUUCUCAUGGCAGGCUCCCAUACGAGCAGUGCUACGUCCUCCUGGUUCCUUCUCCACCUUGCGUACGACCAAGAACUUCAGCAGGCUCUUUACGACGAACAGGUCCAACUCUUCGGAAACGCGGACGGCUCGUUCCGUGAGAUGACACUGGAGGACACGAGGGAGCUCCCGCUCAUGACGGCCUGUAUCCGUGAGACGCUGCGCCUGCAUGCCCCCAUUCACUCCAUCUAUCGCAAGGUCAUGCUGGACAUCGCAGUGCCUCCCUCGCUCGCCGCUCCCUCUAAGGACGGCACGUAUGUCAUUCCCAAGGGCCAUUUUAUUGUUGCUGCUCCCGGCGUCUCCCAGAUGGACCCUAGGAUCUGGAAGGAUGCCAAGACAUGGCGCCCUCGCAGGUGGCUUGAAGAGGGUGGGGUGGCCAACGCUGCCAACGAGGAGUACACCUCGGGAGAGAGGGUCGACUACGGUUUCGGCGCCGUCUCAAAGGGCACCGAGUCGCCCUACCAGCCCUUCGGUGCUGGUCGUCAUCGUUGUGUCGGCGAGCAGUUCGCGUACUUGCAACUCACCAUGCUCGUGUCGGAGAUUAUUCGCACCUUCAAGGUUGAGCCCGGUGCCCCUCAGUUCCCCGAGACGAACUAUCAGACCAUGAUUGUCCUGCCUCUUCACGGAAUGAUCAAGCUGGAGCCUCGCAAGUAG